UGACUAGCUCAAGCAAUUCCGAUGGUAGUCCUAAUGGUGGAAAAGGACUUAAAAGUACUACAUACUCUGAGAAAAGAAAUUCUGUCUAGCGCGCUUCUAGAAAUAAAAGAUAAACAGGUUGUGUUAACCAAUGAGGAAGAUUUUGGAGAUGAGUGGCAUGAAUUUUUACUAUUGGGAGUUCAGUAUCGGUGUGUGAUUACAAAGAAAGAUCGUCCUCCUUGGUUGGAUCAUAUCCUUGAUCCUAAUUCUUUGGCCCCCUCUAACCCACUACCACCUCUCACAGCACACACAGAUAAAAUUGAUGCUAUUUUAGAUGAAGAAACUGUGUUCACUAAUGAUGGAGAGGUUCAGCGCUUCCUUGUUCGUUGGGUUGGUCGACCAGAUUCUGACUGUGCAUGGAUCUCCAGGGAGACACUACAGCAUUUGGAUCCAGAUUUGCUAGAGUUUUAUCGGAGUAAGCAGGAUCUUCCGUGGCCCAGAUCGCCUCCCGUCCACCCGAGGGGAGUUGAUGACGACACCAGGUUCAGACCGCCAUUGACGCAUUUCUACAGACGCCGGAAGAAACUUGCCCAACCACUCAGCUUAUGGUUGGGAGAUUGACGAGAGUCUGCGGUGAUAUAUCCACUCGACAGGGUCGAGUUUUCUCCCACCCCGGGAGAGUUGAUGAGGACAUCAUUAUAGUUGGACUUUUAUUAUUGUUUCAGUAUUUUAGCUGGACUUUUAUUAUUGUUUCAGUUGGACUUUUAUUUAAGUUUACGUAUUUUAGUUAGGAUUUAAAUAAUGGACUUGGCCCUAUAUUUCUAGGUUUUUAUUAUUUAAACCUAUCUUGGUUUGUAAUUUGGAACGAUGAAUUGAUUGAGAAUUAUUGGUUUGGCUGCUGCCAUCU